AUGGACAGACAGUGUCAGUUCGACGAGUCCUGCUCGACAGGCUCCUCCCACUACCGAAAAGUCAUCUCCCACAUCUUCGGGAGGAACAAGAAGUGCACCGUCAACAUCCCCGACGCCGUCUGGAUCUACUACUGCCGCAAGCACUACCAGCGGGCCAGAUACCGCAACGACGAGUGGCCCUUCACCCAGUGUCGUCUCGCCCUCGACACCAUCGCCAACAUGCAGGCCUGGGGUGGGGUCGAGUCCUUUGAUCUCACUCUCAGACGCAGAGAGAGACUCCCUCCAACUACCACCACUACUACUUCUACUACUUCUCCUGCUGCAACUUCUACUUCUUCCAAAAAAUCGCCAAAGAACAUCCCUCGGCCGGUCCCGGACUGGCUCCACGACUGUGUGGGGCCCAACAAGUCCUUUGACGAGAUCAGACAGCUCAUCAACGACCUCCGACUACAUUUUCUCUCUUUGGUCCAGAACAACCAGGAACCCUUCUUCCCUGACAUCGAGAUACUCCCUAAUCUACGACGGUCAUCCAAAAAGCCAGCCAAACAUGACAAUUAA